AUGGGCAAAACACAACUGAGUGGUAUGGACCAGCAUGAAUUCAGUCCCCGUAAUAUUCACGAUGUCCCACUACCCCUUCAGGAACAGGUAGAGUGGAACCCUCAGCUAUUAGAAGCCCCUCCUCAAGUUCAAAUUGAUUAUGCAGUCAGCAAUCUGAGCGGUGGUCCCAAACCACAUUCACCUUUUGAUGCUCAGUACCAGGCGACCCCACUAAAGGGGGGCAUGUUUGCUGGGCAGCUGACCAAAGUGGGCAUGCAGCAGAUGUUUGCCCUGGGAGAGAGACUGAGAAAGCAUUAUGUGGAGGAUACCCAUUUUCUUUCACCAACCUUCAACCCACAGGAAGUCUUUGUUCGUUCCACAAACAUAUAUCGGAAUCUGGAAUCUACCCGGUGUUUGCUGGCUGGGCUUUUCCAACGUCACAAAGAGGGACCCAUCAUCAUCUACACGGAUGAAGCCAGCUCUGAAGUCUUGUACCCCAACUUCCAAAGCUGCUGGAGUCUGAAGCAAAGAACCAGAGGCCGAAGAGAGGCUGCCUCUUUGCAACCAGGAAUCUCAGAGGACUUGAAAAAGGUGAAGGAAGAGAUGGGCAUUGACGAUAGUAACAGAGUAGACUUCCUCAGCCUUCUGGACAACGUGGCUGCUGAGCAGGUGCACAAUCUCCCAAGCUGCCCCACCCUGAGCAGAUUUGCACGGAUGAUAGAGCAGAGAGCCGUCGACGCAACCUUGUACAUUCUGCAAAGAGAAGACAGGGAAAGUAUUCAGUUGGCAGUAGGCCCUCUCCUCCACAUCCUGAAGAACAACCUGCUGAAAACCAUUGACCCUGCCACUCCACCCAGCAAGAUCAGAAAGCUGUACCUCUAUGCAGCUCAUGAUCUGACCCUCAUGCCUCUCCUAAUUGCCUUGGGGAUCUUUGACCACAAAUGGCCCCCAUUUGCUGCUGACCUGACCAUGGAACUCUACCAGCACCAGGAAUCUAAGGAGUGGUUUGUGCGGCUCUAUUACCAUGGUGAGGAGCAAGUGCCGGAAGGAUGCCCUGAAGGGCUCUGCCCACUGGACAAGUUCUUGAACACCAUGUCAGUUUAUACUUUAAGCCCAGAAAAGUACCACAGGCUCUGCUCCCAAACACAGACAACUGACUUUGGGAGUGGAGAGUAA